GCAAAAAAACGGCGAAAGCCACCCGCAGCUAUUAUUAUUCCUCAACUUCCGGCCAUACCAUUACGUUUAACAAAAACUAUUGGAAGUGGUGACUGGUUCACAUCCCAAUUUGAUCAUGAAUUUAUAGAAAUGGAGAAAAGUUCAACUGAUGAUGAUGUUGUGUAUAUAAACAAAAUAAUUAAGAAACAUGAAAUACCCUCAGCGCAUAGAUCCGGAGCAAAGAAACGUGCAGAUAUUUUUUGCAAGAAUAUAUUCAAGGACGAUUUACAACAAAGCCCUGGAGAAAUGCACCCCACUAUGGUAGCUGACACUCAGAACAAACUAAUAUUAUCGAAGGACACGGUUCAAGAAGGCGCUUUUCGGUAUGUACUAUCUGAUCGCACAUUUAUAGAAAAAGGAUGGACACUACUGCCUAUUGAGAAAGUUGUACGCAAGACGAACGUGUACCGUAUGCGUCCUGCUCAUCCCGAAUUUGAUUGGUUUGAACAUAAUAAGGUAAAAGGAGUUAUGCACUACGAUUCCGGAGAAAAACUAGCUGAAUUCAAAGAUAAUGGCCUGGGACAAUGGUUUUACAGGAACGGUAGAUUGGCUCUCGACUACUAUGAUGCAAAAGAUUUAAAUGCUCAGCAGCGCAUUGUAAUCUACAGCAAUGGUGAAUUAGACGAACGAGGGCGCUCUCGACCCGUCACUAUUCUCGGAAUGUUUGACUACGUGGGGAACGGCGUGAUAUUCGAUCACAGCGGUAAAGUAAGAUUGAAAUACAAUCAAAGUGAAGGAGUUUUAUUAGAUCAACAAAUAGGCCCCGCAUCACAUUGGAAGUGGCAUAGCUUGAACGACCCCCCAGUAUUGCAGCAAGUUAUGAUAGACACGCAAAUGCAUCACAAAGAUCCUAGAAUAGCGCGACUUGGCAAUGAAGUAUCUGCAGGACUACAAGACAAUAAUAAAGAUAUGGUCGCUAUUGAGUUCGAGAAUGCUAUAAAAGAGAAAUCUCAAAAAAUCAGCGAAAAGUUUAGUCCAUUUCAAAUAAAAAUGAAAGCAUUAAAAAUCAACGAAAAUUUUUCUAUCAGAAUAUUAGAUCAAGCGUCCAUUUAUCUACUAUUUAGAGAUGGAACGACUAAUUUGAAGCUUAAUCUCGGUAUGUUAUUGGAUAGUCACGAGAUAGUUGAUACUGACAUCGCAGACAUGGGUGAAAUUAGUACUGGUCUGGAGAGACUUCCGGCUCAAACGGAAAGUCUGGAGGCACUGCAGCGCAACAUAAAGUACGCGCAAAAUUUUGAAAGAUACAGAACAGAGCGGGACCGCUGCUUGCGCCUUCCGGUGCCUGCAGCCAGUGUCGACAGAAUCAAAAACUUAAUAUCCAAACCGCUGCAACCUGAACUAGCAGAAGUAAAUUACGUCACAGUUAAUGGACAGUGCGAACGUUGUUAUAGUAGAAAACCUUCAAUUUGCGCAUUAUAUUAUAAUAAUCGUCUUAGUUAAUGUGUAAUGUUAAAUGAACGUGCUUAGUUAUUUAUUUUUUCUGAUUGCCAGAGUCGUGUACAAGAGUAACAUCUUUAAUAUAUUACCAUUAUACA